GGACCAACGAAUCAGUAAUUCAGUAUACAUAUCCUCUGAAAAAUGUGAGUUGUUAGUUAUCUGUCAGUAUCCAUCCUGUUGUAUUCCCCAAUUGUAGCAAUCUCAUUCUGUUUAUCUAUUUCGUCUAUGGCAUUGACUUUACUGUUAGUUUAUAGCCAGAUUGGAAUAGCGGUGAACAAAUGGCAUAUACCUAGUCUCGAGUCAUGUUUAACAGAGAAGGAAGAUUCUAGUGGGAGAGAUUUGGGGUUGGAUUAUUUCAGUUUCUGUGAUGCUGCUCAAUCUUCCAGGUGUGAAGACAUUGUUGAAGAAGGACCUGAUAUGGAAGCACUGGAUUUUCAUUUUGUGGAUGAUAUUGGAUCAUCCAGUUACUACUCUCCCUUUGAGAUGGCUGAAGAGAUUGAAGAGCCAGUGGAGUCAGAAUUUAUCGGACGAGACCUCAAUGUCAAGAGCUGCCAUGAAGAGAAUGAAGUAUGAGAGGAAGUAUAUGAUUUUGCAAAAUAAAAAUUGCUGGUAAUA